AUGCGGGAGGCGAAGCUGGAGCCCGACGUCACCAGCUACAGCGCUGGGAUCAGCGCGUGCGAGAACGGCGAGCAGGGGCAGCGCACACUUGUGCUGCUGAGCGAGAUGCGGGAGGCGAACUUGGAGCUCAACGUCAUGAGCUAUAAUGUUGUGAUCAGCGCAUGCGGGAAGGGCGAGCAGUGGCAGCGGGCCCUGUCGCUGCUCGGCGAGAUGUUGGAGGCGACAUUGCAGCCCGACUGCAUCAGCUACAGCGCUGGUAUCAGCGCAUGCGAGAAGGGCGAGCAGUGGCAGCGGGCUUUGGCGCUGCUGAGCGAGAUGUGGGAGACGAAGGUGCUGCCCGACGUCAGUCUGCUACAGCGCUGGGAUUAG